UGAUGGAACGUAGAUCAAGAUCGAGCGUGAGGGAGGCGCUUCUUUUCUAUAUUGGAAUGGUGGGAAAUCAUUCAUUUACGGACCUUUCUGUGCGGCUUAGCCUACCUAGUACAAUGAUUGGCAGGUAUAACAAUCUUUCUAGACCGCUGAAGCAUUAAUCUGUUUCAGUCCAUAGCAAACUACCUAGCCGGACAAGAUUGGGUGCGACAGCAGGAAGACAAAGGAAGAAUGCCGAUCUCCUACAACUGCUUUGAUGAACAAGGGCGAGUCAUCCUCGAUGAUUUAACUCUAAAUGAUUACUUCUAUAAAUCUUUCGUCUUACAUUUGGGGUGCUCUCGAGUGUCAGUGGUUAUGUAUACCGAAGAGGGCACAAAGGGAAGUGAUGAUCGGGAUCUGGCGGAUCUGGAGCAUGUAAUUUCACGUCCUACGAGUUUACAGAAAGACCGUCUCUGGCAAAUUUAUGAGAGCAUUCACUUGUUGUUCGGACGCAACACAUGGCGAUGCUUCCAUUAUCCCGAAAGCUGUCCUGGAUAUCCAGGUUUUGCUAGCUAUGGGAGAGUGGUGGGUGAUUUAGAAGAGUGGACCUUAGAGUGGACCGGAGAUUCGGAGCGAAGCAGUUCUCGGCAUUUUAAGUUUGUUGCAUCUCGUCAUUUUCUCCGCGUUUACUCGAACUUUUUUUCAAGCAAAACGACAUCCGUACAUUGGUCAUUAUCUCCAAAUCAGAUCUACUCCUUUUCGGUCUUUCCUAGUGAUCGAAAGAACUAUCAAAGGCUUGCAUUUUCCUGGUUUGCGCAAGCACUACUGAGAGAGCAGGGGCCGUAUCCAAUCCUAGACUUGAGAGAAGGUUAAUGCAAAUGUUAUCAGGAUGUUAUUUUCGGCUGAUUCAUGGGAUCUAGACGUGACUUUCUACCUUCGUAUCCAACCAAACAUAAAUUCCUUACCGAACCGUGGCCUGGAUGCCCUCUCCGUAUCGGUGAUAUUCAAUGCCCCUCUCAUAACUUCACGAUCACCUCCCGAGAUGUCAUUGCCU